CAUUUUCCUUGACGCACACAAGUCUUGGCAAAUACUUCUCUGCAGAAUUCGGAGAAAGAGGGGAAUUACAUCGUUAGCCAGCGCGAGCAGAGAUUCCGGUGGAAACGAAAAUGUUGCUCGCAGUGUUGAUCGCCAACUCCGAAGGCAAUAUUCUCGUCGAACGCUUCAAUGGAGUUCCAGCGGAGGAACGCUUACAUUGGAGAUCUUUCUUAGUGAAACUGGGAGCAGAUAAUCUUAGAGGAGUCAAGAACGAGGAGCUCCUCGUUGCUAAUCACAAGUCAGUUUACAUUGUAUACACAGUGCUUGGGGAUGUCAGUAUAUUUGUUGUUGGCAAGGAUGAGUACGAUGAACUUGCCUAUCCUCCAAUGGGGGCAUGGCCUAUUUCCCGUAAUGGCUCAGUGGCAGAAACUAUCUUUGUUAUAACCUCAGCCCUGAAGGAUGUAUGUGGAAAACCUCCAACUGAACGCCUUUUUCUUGACAAAUAUGGAAAAAUUUGCUUGUGCUUGGAUGAGAUUGUGUGGAAGGGUCUGUUGGAGAACACUGACAAAGAUAGAAUCAAGAGACUUAUACGACUAAAACCACCAACUGAGUUCUGACAGAGCGGCAUCUUGCCUUCUCCAAUGUAUGAAGGAGAAAGACCUUGAUUCAUGCUGCAAUCAGUGGCACAUUUAUGUAAUAUCUCGAGCACUUCUCUCCACAACCUUUAAUUAGUCUUCGAGCUGCUGUUUUCUGAUGCUCUUCAUUUCUUAUCCUUUGUCCUAUUCCAUCGCUUUACUCAUACUGAUAACAUACAUUGUAUCAAAAUUUUCGUUUCUUGAAAGAGAAACAUGUACUAGAAGCGCUCUCAUUGUGCUGUCUCAUUCUUGAAGGUAAUACUGUUGUUGUAUCACACAUGGGAGCUCGGUGAGUGAUCAAGUACUUUGUUUAGUUCAA